UCUCAGCAUGUAGCUACAUCCCUUCCCUGGGGGCUGGCACCUGCCCUGUGCGGUCCCCUGUGCCGGAGGCAGGGGCUGGGACGCUGGCUCACUGCGCCAUGUCCCCGCAGGCUGUUCCCCGAGCGGUCCCCAAGCCCUGACCCCAUCUCCUGCGGGGCUUUCUGGCCUGAGCCACUCCAGACCUGCGUCAGGCCCAAGGUGCCAGGAGGCUCCCGGUUCACGAGGGCGGUGGGAGCGCCAGGGUGCCAGGAGGCCCCAGCCUGUGCCGGGGAGCUGGUGCCUCUGGCAUCCCACUGUGCGCACGCCCCCCGCACGGCGAGCCAGGGAGGAAGCGUCUGGAAGCAGGAAGCCGCUCGCGGGCCAGCACUCGUCCCUGCUCCUUGGAGAAGCACAACAGGAAGCGGUGCUGGGCCAGCCCGGGGCUCCGGCCGCCUGGACUCAGGGCCCCGCUGGGAGCCGCCCCCCAUGGCCGCUGGCGAGGAGCAGGGGAGCAGCUGCAGGCCGCCAGGAGCAGGAUGUGGCGCCCAGACGGCCCCUUAGCAUGGAGCUGAACCGCCUGCUGCUCCUCACAGCCUUCCUCCUGCACGUCCGGCUGUCCAGGAUGAGCCCGACCCGCCUGGUCUGCGACAGCCGCCUUAUCCACAAGUACAUCACUGAGGCCAAGGACAUGGAGAGGAGAGCGGGCCUGUGCCAGGAGCUGCUCCCACUCCCCAACCCCGUCCUGCUGCCCCAGGUGGACUUCAGCCUCCGCGAGUGGAAAGCCAAGACCAAUGAGACCAAGCGGCAGGAGAUCCUGUGCGACCUGGCAAUGCUGGCAGACGCUGUGACAGUCGCACAGAGCCACGUGGGGCUGGAGUGUGCGGGUGCCCUGCUAGAGCAGCUCCACCGCAAAACCAGCUCCUUCCAUCUGCUGCUGCAGACUUUCAGCUGGCAGGUGGUCACUGCGGGCCCCAGCUGCUCCCCACGGACCGUGGCCCAGAGCCACCCCAGCACCGCAUUCCUAGCAUACCGGCAGCUGGUGCAGGGCAAGCUGAGGUUCCUGUUCCACGACCUGGCCAGGGAGUCGUGUGCUGAGGGCAGCCGUGGCUGGGGCAAAGCCCCAGAACCCCCCAGCCCCUCAGUGGGCUGGUGAGAAGAUUGCAUGCUGAUGGUUAGAUACCAUGGGCAGAGUGGGGCCCUGCUCUCCAGGGCAGGGCAGGCAGAGGCCCUGCUGGAGAUGGGGGCUGCUGCAGCCACACAUCCG